UGGUUGCAAGACUGCGGAGGGUAAUUUCCCAUUGGCAGCCAGCAAAACCGCAGAUAUCCGGUUUGGGCGCGGGGCCGCCGGGCGCGGAGGCUGCCAUGGUGCGGUUCAAACACAGGUACCUGCUCUGCGAAGUGGUGUCUGAUGACCCCCGCUGCCGCCUGAGUCUGGAGGACCGAGUGCUGGGCGGCCUCAUACGGGACACGAUCGCCCGCGUGCACGGGACUUUCGGCGCGGCCUCCUGCUCCAUCGGCUUCGCGGUGCGAUACCUCAAUGCCUAUACUGGAAUAGUGCUACUUCGAUGCCGGAAGGAAUUCUACCAACUCGUGUGCUCAGCUCUUCCUUUCGUCACAUACUUGGAAAACAAAGGACACCGUUACCCGUGUUUCCUCAACACCUUACAUGUGGGAGGUACAAUUAGAACAUGUCAGAAGUUCCUGAUUCGUUACAACAGGAGACAGCUGUUGAUCUUAUUGCAGAACUGCACUGAUGAAGGAGAACGGGAAGCUAUCCAGAAGUCUGUCACCAGAAGCUGUCUACUAGAAGAGAGGUCAGAUGAGGAGGAGCUUUCAGACAAUGACGGUGAGGAGGCUGCUGAAGCGAUGGAGUGAACCUCUCUGCAGGCUGUCCUGGGCCUGAGAUUCAGGGUCCACUUGUUGGAACAGGACAUUCUGGAGGGCAGCAGCAUCUGCUAGUUUGCCAAACUGGAUGACUGCGGACCAGAGGCCAAGGUACCAGCUCAAAAUGGAGGACUUGUUCACUUAAACUGAAGUCACCUUUACCUAGCGCUGCCUGGUUAAGUGGUUCUGCAGGCAGUGAAUCCCCAGUAGUUACAGAUGUCUCUAUCUAAUUGCCUGGCUGAGUAGGUUUAAUAAAAGUACGUGGCAAGGCGCCUGGGUGGCUCAGUCCGUUAAGCAUCCGACUCGGUUUUGGCUCAGGUCAUGAUCUCACGAUUGUAGGAUUGAGCCCUGAGUCGGGCUCUGUGCUCAGUGUGGGAGUCUGCUUCAGAUUCUCUUUGCUCUCUCCCUCGCCCCUUUCUCAAAUAAAUAAUAUCUUAAAGAAAUGUACGGGGCACCUGGGUGGUUCAGUCGUUAAGCGUCUUGCCUUCGGCUCAGGUCAUGAUCUCAGGUCCUGGGAUCGAGAGCCCCACAUCGGGCUCCCUGCUCAGCGGGAAGCCUGCUUUUCCCUCUCCCACUCCCCCCUGCUUGUGUUCCCUCCCUUGCUGUGUCUCUGUCAAAUAAAUAAAUAAAUAAAAUCUUUAAAAAAAAAGAAA